UCUACACUCUUUUUUCUGAAAAGGCUCUUGAGGAGAUCUCAGAGAGAAGAGCUUUGGAAGAGGAGGAUUUUUUGUUUCUCUUUAACCCCGGCCAUGUCUCUGGGAGGUGAUGUGUGCGUGGUGACGGGAGCCUGUGGAUUCCUGGGAAGGAGGCUGGUGAAGCUGCUGCUGGAGGAAGAGACGAUGGCUGAGAUUCGGAUGUUGGACAAACACGUGCAACCUGGAGUUUUACAGACUCUGGAGGAUUGUAGAGGCAGCACACAGCUGAGUGUGUUCGAGGGAGACAUCAGGGACAGUGACUUUGUGAGGAAAGCCUGUCGAGGUGCGUCAGUCAUCUUCCACACGGCCUCCAUCAUCGACGUCAAUGGAUCGGUGGAGUACAGUGAACUGUAUGGCGUCAAUGUCAAAGGAACGCAGGUUCUUCUGGAGGCAUGUGUUCAGGAGAACGUGGUGUCCUUAAUCUACACCAGCUCCAUCGAGGUGAUGGGACCAAACCCCAAAGGUGAACCCAUAAUCAACGGCAGUGAGGACACCAUUUAUGACUGUACCUUGAGGUUCUCCUACAGCAAGACCAAAAAAGAGGCAGAGCAGAGAACCCUUCUGGCCCACGGAGAGGUGCUUCAGAACGGAGGCCGACUGGCCACCUGUGCCCUCAGACCUAUGUACAUCUUCGGCGAAGGGUGUCGCUUCCUGCUGGGCCACAUGGACGACGGGAUACGAAACGAAGACGUUCUGUUGAGAAUGUCUCUGCCAGAGGCUCGAGUGAAUCCUGUCUACGUGGGAAACGUAGCCACGGCUCAUCUCCAAGCAGCUCGCGGCCUGAAAGAUCCACAAAAGAGAAAUGUGAUAGGAGGAAAGUUUUUCUUCAUUUCUGAUGACACGCCGCCGGUGAGCUACUCCGACUUCAACCACGUCCUGAUGGCGCCUCUGGGCUUCAGCAUUCAAGAGAAACUCCGGCUGCCGCUCCACCUCCUCUACGCGCUCUGUUUCAUUUUGGAGAUCCUGUGCACGAUGAUCCGACCUCUCAUACGUGUCGCCCUGCCGCUGAACCGGCAGCUCCUCACCAUGUUGAACACGCCGUUCACCUUCUCCUAUCAGAAAGCCAAGAGGGAUCUAGGAUAUGAGCCCAAGUACAGCUGGGAGGAAGCACGCAAACACACCAUUGAAUGGCUCGCCUCAGAGCUUCCUAAAGAGAGGGAACGAAUUACAGCAAAAUAAUUAAAAGUUAUCAACUGUCUCUCCUCAAAUUGUUUGCAUUUUUUCCCCUCAACUUAAAAAAAGUAAUUGUGUUCCUUAAACACGGCCCUGACCCUGGGUAUUAAUGCGUUAAUGAAUGUGCAGCUUUAUGCGUUUAAUAAAUGUCCCACUUCCCACUUGGAGUCAGGGUUGGAUAUGUAAUAAAAAAUACAUUUCAGCAAAAGAUGUCAUUAAAAAAAACAGCAAUGUAAAUAAUGAAUUGAGUGAAUUAUUGCAUAACUAAUGAUUGACACUUUGAUAUAACAAAAAAAUGUUAAAUCAUCAGUACAAUACAAUACAUAUCAAUACAUAAAUAAUUGUAUCUGCCUUUCAAAUUAGUUCCAAUCUGGUGACUUGGAAAAUAUCCAUAAUGAUUCAUGCAUCUGUUCUCUCUGACAGUUCUCUGACACUUCACAUUCACAAAGGAAGAAUAAGCUGAUUAUUAUCAAACCAAUAAACUGAGAAGGAAACGUGUCGCAGCAUCGCUCAGUGGU